GAGAGAGAGAGAGAGGAGGUGGCGUGUGGGGUCGUCUUGGGCGCACGUUAGCUUAUCUGAGUCACUCAUCUCCGAGAAUUGUUUAAUGGUUUUUACAAAGCGGCCAAGCAACAAUUUACUUGAGAGAUAUAUAGCACACAAACAAAGAACAGAUAAAACGGAGCAUCAAAGAAUACAAACCAUUUGAGCAAAAUGUUUCCACAAAGCAACAAAUACUGGUUCUAGGAACCCCAACUGGUUUUGGGUAUAAGCCAGUUUUUAUUAAGAAAGACAAAAUCACAUUUAUAUAUAUAUAUUUGGAUUUUGUUUGAGAGCAGAAAACAAUGAGCGAGAAGGGGUUGAUAAUGGUAAUGAUACUUGUGGUGCUCGGUGUAUUGGCUACGACGUCGUUUUCGGCCAAUGUAACGUACGACCACAGAGCAUUGGUGAUCGAUGGCAAGCGCAGAGUCUUCAUUUCUGGCUCCAUUCACUAUCCUCGCAGCACUCCCGAGAUGUGGCCAGACAUUAUUCAGAAAUCUAAGGAUGGAGGUUUAGAUGUGAUUGAGACCUACGUUUUCUGGAAUAUCCAUGAACCAACUCGAGGCCAGUUUGAUUUCGAGGGAAGGAAAGAUUUGGUUCGAUUUGUGAAAGCUGUAGCAGACGCUGGUUUAUAUGUUCAUCUACGCAUUGGUCCUUAUGUCUGCGCUGAGUGGAACUACGGUGGGUUUCCUCUAUGGCUGCAUUUUAUACCGGGAAUUGUGUUGCGAUCCGAUAAUGAGCCUUUCAAGGAAGAAAUGAAAAGGUUCACGGCUAAGAUUGUUGAUUUGAUGAAACAAGAGAAACUUUACGCUUCUCAAGGUGGACCUAUAAUUUUAUCUCAGAUUGAAAACGAGUAUGGCAAUAUUGAGUCAGGAUAUGGAGCUGCUGCCAAACCUUACAUUAAAUGGUCGGCAGCUAUGGCUUUGUCUUUGGAUACAGGGGUCCCCUGGGUUAUGUGCCAGCAAGCAAAUGCACCUGAUCCCAUUAUUAACACUUGCAAUGGCUUUUACUGUGAUCAAUUCACCCCGAAUUCGAACAACAAACCCAAAAUGUGGACUGAGAAUUGGACUGGAUGGUUUCUAUCUUUUGGUGGCGCUGUGCCUUAUAGACCAGUGCAAGACUUGGCAUUUGCAGUAGCACGAUUUUUCCAACGAGGUGGAACUUUCCAAAACUAUUACAUGUAUCAUGGAGGGACAAAUUUUGGCCGUACUACUGGUGGCCCCUUUAUUGCAACAAGUUAUGAUUAUGAUGCCCCAAUAGACGAGUAUGGGCUUCUAAACCAACCAAAGUGGGGACAUCUAAAAGAUCUGCACAAGGUCUUAAAACAAGUUGAAGGAGCAUUGGUGGCCACUGACCCAACUAUUAGUUCUCUUGGUUCAAACUUGGAGGCAGCUGUAUAUAGAACUGGUUCAGCGUGUGUUGCUUUUCUUGCUAAUGUAGGCACCAACUCUGCUGCCACAGUGACUUUUAAUGGCAACUCAUACAAUUUGCCAGCAUGGUCUGUGAGCAUUCUACCAGACUGCAAGAAUGUUGUAUUUAACACCGCAAAGAUUAAUUCCAUGGCCAUGAUUCCAAGCUUCACAAGUCAAUCUUUGAUAGCUGAUGUUGAUGCCUCUCUAUCCUUGGGCUCUGCAUGGAGCUGGAUAAAGGAGCCUGUUGGUAUCUCAAAGGACGAUGCAUUCACCAAACCUGGAUUAUUGGAGCAAAUAAAUACUACAGCCGAUCAAAGUGACUAUUUAUGGUACUCUUUAAGUAUUGAUGUCAAAGGUGAUGAGCCAUACCUUGAUGGAUCUCAAACUGAUCUUCAUGUGGAAUCGCUUGGUCAUGCCCUUCAUGCUUUUAUCAAUGGAAAACUUGCAGGAACUGGCAAAGGCAACAGUGGAAAUUCCAAAGUUUCAUUGGAGAUCCCAGUCACAUUUGCAUCUGAAAAAAACACAAUUGAUCUUCUUAGUUUGACAGUUGGGCUUCAGAAUUAUGGAGCCUUUUACGACACAAAGGGUGCGGGAAUCACUGGUCCUGUAAAGCUGAGAAGUGCUAAGAGUGGUACUUCUGUAGAUCUCUCUUCUUUGCAAUGGACAUACCAGAUUGGACUAAAAGGUGAAGAGCUAAAUCUUCCUAGUAAAGAUUCUUCACAGUGGUCGCAAUCUACCUUGCCCAAAAAGCAACCUCUAACAUGGUACAAGACAAGCUUUGAUGCCCCUGCUGGAAGUAGUCCUGUUGCAAUAGAUUUCACAGGAAUGGGAAAGGGCGAGGCAUGGGUGAACGGACAAAGCAUUGGGCGGUAUUGGCCGACCUAUUUUGCUCCAAAUAGUGGUUGCAAAGAAAACUGCGAUUAUAGAGGACCUUUCAGUGCCAGCAAAUGCUACAAGAACUGUGGGAAGCCAUCUCAAGAACUAUAUCAUGUUCCUCGAUCGUGGUUAAAAUUAAGUGGAAACAUUCUUGUAUUGUUUGAGGAAAUUGGGGGUGACCCAAUGCAGAUAUCUUUUGCCACAAGACAGGUCGAGAGUUUGUGCUCACACAUUUCAGAAUCUCACCCACCACCAGUAGAUAUGUGGAGCUCAGAUUCAGAAUCAAGAAGCCAGUCAAGAAUGCCUGUAUUGUCACUUGAGUGUCCAUCUCCCAAUCAGGUCAUUUCUUCAAUCAAGUUUGCAAGUUUUGGAACACCAUAUGGAUCUUGUGGGAGCUUUAACCACGGCAAAUGCAGCAGCGCCAAAGCUUUAUCAGUUGUUGAGAAGGCUUGCGUGGGAUCAAAACGUUGUAACAUUGGAGUUUCAAUAAACACAUUUGGUGACCCUUGUAUAGGAGUAAUCAAGAGCUUAGCAGUAGAAGCUUCGUGUACGUAAGCAGUUGUAGCUUUAUAGCUCCUCAAGCAUUUGUACGAUUGAAUAGACUUAUUCUGCUGUUGCCAAAGUUUUAUCCAUACAUGAAAAUAAAAAGUGUUGAACCAGUGUAAUCUUGCAAAAAACAAUAUGCUAUUACAUAUAAAGAAAAAAGAUCUGUAACCA